CAUGGCUCGGACGUCCUCGGGACCACUGGCGGCAGCAGUCUCUAACGCCGGCGGUCUUGGUGUGAUUGGUGGUCUUGGUUACACCCCACAGCAGAUGCGCGCCAUCAUCCACGACAUCAAGUCCAAUCUUGCCGACAAGAACCUCCCGUUUGGGGUUGACCUGGCACUGCCUCAAGUUGGUGGAAGUGCAAGGAAGACGAACCAUGAUUACACGCACGGUCAGCUUGACGACUUGAUCUCUGUCGUGAUCGAGGAGAAGGCGCGCUUGUUCGUGAGUGCUGUCGGUGUGCCACCAGAGAGGGUGAUCAAGCGGCUACACGAUGCCGGGAUCUUGAUCAUGAACAUGGUCGGUCAUCCCAAGCAUGCGCAUAAGGCCUUGCGAGCAGGUGUGGACAUUGUAUGCGCCCAAGGUGGAGAAGGUGGCGGGCAUACUGGUGACGUUGCGACCUCGAUAUUGAUCCCGGAGGUGGUUGAUGUGGCGAGGCAAUACAAGAGUCCGUUGACUGGUAAGCCAGCUACAGUCGUCGCCGCCGGCGGCAUCUACAACGGCCGCUCUCUUGCUGCGAUGCUGUCGUUUGGUGCGGAGGGCGCAUGGGUAGGCACUCGAUUUGUUGCGUCCACGGAGGCUGGAUGUAGUCAGCAGCACAAGGAGGCCGUUGUGACAGCUGCUUUCGAAGAUACGAUGCGAACGCUGAUAGUCUCGGGUCGGCCGUUGAGGGUCAGGAUCAAUGAUUACGUGCGCUCGUGGGAGUUUGACAGGCCGGAGGAGGUGAAGAAGCUCUGUGAGAGCGGUGUUGUACCCCUGCAGAAAGACAUGGAUGACGACAAGGAUGUUGAUAUCCCGUUCCUCAUGGGCCAGGUGGCCGGUGCGAUCAAAGAGAUCAAGCCUGCGAAAGAAAUCAUGCACGAGAUGGUCUCAGAAUGCGUUGAGGUGCUGCAGACGCAGCAGAGCUAUAUCAGUGCAGGUAAAAGGAGUAAGCUGUAAACAAUAAUAUAUUAUGCCUCCGUUAAUCUCUCGUGCUGAGGUGGUAGGUACGUACGAUGUUGGUUGAGAAUCCUGGCGCAACUCACGACCUUCGGAUGUGAGAGGCAGAGAUGCGGCAGACAACGCUUCGCAAGGCAUGGGGAGUAUGUACUUACGAAUGAUUCUUGUUUGUUGGGCUCUAGGAGCACCUGCGGGAGCGCUUAAGCUCCCGCGAAAGAUCGUCGGAGACCUACGCUGUUGGUCAGAUGUUGCUCGGAGUGAGCACGUACCUUGUUGGUAGGUGAUCUUAGGAAGGGUCAAGGACAAUGGCUGGGGCAGGUGG